AAUGGUGGCACAGUAUUGUUAUACAUCCAAAGAAAAAGAAAAGUGGGUGAAGGAAGAAGAAAAUGGAGUCUGAAGCUCCUAUUCACGUUCUCAUGGUGUCCUACCCAGGACAAGGGCACGUAAACCCUCUCCUUAGACUUGCCAAGUUUCUUGCUGCUAAGGGUUUCUUUGUAACUUUCUCCACCGCCGACACGGUUGGCAAACUCAUGCGAACGGCCAACGACAUCUCUCACAAACAAGUCACUCCAGUUGGUGACGGUUUUCUCAAGUUCGAAUUCUUUGACGAUGGCGGCGUGACAAAUAGUGAUGGUUCCAAGAGAAGUCUCACUGACUUCAAUGCUCAGGUUGAGCAUUUUGGGAGGCAAUAUGUUUCCCAAGUGAUCAAGGACCAUGCCGAUACACACCGCCCGAUUUCAUGCAUCAUAAACAACCCCUUUGUUCCAUGGGUUUCUGAUGUAGCUGCCGACCAUGGUAUUCCUUCUGCCGUCUUAUGGGUUCAAUCUGCUGCUGUCUUAACAGCUUACUAUAGUUAUUUCCACAAACUGCUACCUUUUCCUUCUCAUGCCGAUCCUUAUCUUGAUGUUCAAUUGCCUUCUGUAGUCCUUAAGUACAAUGAAGUUCCGGACUUUCUGCAUCCUUUUAGUCCAUAUCAAGCUCUAGGGACAGUCAUACUGGAACAGUUUAAGAACUUAUCCAAGCCAUUCUGUGUGCUGGUGGAUAGUUUCGAGGAACUAGAAAGUGAUUACAUAAAGUAUCUUUCAGAGUUUGUGAAUAUAAGACCCAUUGGUCCUUUGUUCAAGAUCCCAACAGCAACAGACACAAGUGAUAUCCGUGGUGAUUUUUGGAAGAGUGAUGAUUGCAUGGAGUGGUUGAACUCAAGGGCAGAGGCAUCUGUGGUGUACAUCUCCUUCGGGAGUAUCGUGUGUCUGCCGCAAGAACAAGUGACGGAAAUUGCACAUGGAUUAUUGGACUCUCAAGUCUCGUUUUUGUGGGUUCUGAAACCACCUGGUAUGGCGUUUGGGCUUCCGCCUUACGUUCUUCCUGAUGGGUUCUUGGAGGAGACAAAAGAAAAGGGAAAAGUGGUGCAGUGGAGCCCACAAGAGGAAGUGUUGGGUCAUGGUUCGGUGGCAUGUUUUGUGACACACUGUGGUUGGAAUUCUUCGAUGGAAGGUGUAACAUUGGGAGUGCCGAUGUUGACAUUUUCAGCAUGGGGUGAUCAGGUGACAAAUGCAAAGUUCUUGGUGGAUGUUUAUGGGGUGGCCAUUAAACUGGGUUAUGGGCAGGCUGAAAAGAAACUGGUGAGCAGAGACGAGGUGAAGAAGCGCUUAUUGGAAGCAACCGUAGGGCCAAAAGCAGAGGAGUUGAAGCAAAACGCGUUCAAGUGGAAGAUGGCUGCGGAGGCCGCAGUGGCUCCGAAUGGCUCCUCUGCCAGGAAUCUUGAUGCAUUUCUCAAAGACAUAAAAGAAGGUGGAGCUGUUAGGGUGAACGAGAUAUAAGUCUAUUUCACAUACUUCCAUAGUUUAUAUCUUUGUUGCAUGGGAUAAGAUAAAUUAAAUGAAACUGGCAUUGUCAAACAUACAAGCAAAAUAAAUUGGGAGAGUCACACGAAUACAAUUCUGAUAUAUAUUGAGUAUUUAUUUUCUUA